AUGUCUGCUCCUGACGACAAGACAUCCCCCAUCGUCAUUGUUGGCGCGGGCGUGUUUGGCCUCUCCAGCGCCAUUCAUCUGGUUCGGAGGGGAUACCACAACGUCACCGUCUUUGACCGCCAGCCCUACCACGAGACGCUUUACGACUUUGAUCGUGGCUGUGAUGCCGCAUCUGCAGAUUGCAACAAGAUCAUACGGGCUGCCUACGGCCACGAAACAUGGUACCAGAACUUCACCCUGGAAGCAAUCAAGGCAUGGGAGGCGUGGAACGACACCCUCGCCGAAGGGACAACUCUACCCCCUGGAAUGACUCGCAAAGAACGCAUCUAUGUCAACUGCGGCAACUACCAUUUCGGUGACCACGGGGAUGCAGCUGGCCUGAACCCCUUUGAAAAGUCCUCAGUAGAGAACCUGACCAAGGCCGGCCUUGGGCACACUCAGUACCUGUUUGCGUCCAAUCCGCAAGAAGCCACCCGAGCCAAAGCAGACGGCUAUGGCUACGCAGUCGACCCCUUCCACCUCUCGAGCGACGGACAACAACCAAGCGGAUACCUUGACAUGAUCGGGGGGUUCGUCUAUGCCGAAAAGGCAUGUCGCUACGCACUCCACCUAGCGGAGAAACUAGGCGUCAAGCUUGUCUUAGACCGCCAGGCUGGUCGCUUCGAGGGUCUUCUCGAAUCCAAUGGCGAGAUAACCGGAAUUCGCACCGCCGAUGGCAAGCAUCAUACGGCAGCCUUAACCAUUGUUGCCUGCGGGGGCUGGACACCCACCCUCGUCCCAGAAAUGGACGGGCUCUGCGAAACCACUGCGGGGUCUGUAGCGAUGAUACAAAUCCCGGAGAAUUCUCCACUCCGCCAACGAUUCUCGGCAUCUAACUUUCCCGUCUUCCAAUGGAACGUGCGCAGCGGCGAAAACGGCAAUCUGUAUGGCUUCCCACUGGAUGACCGGGGAGUGCUGAAGAUCGGUUAUCGGGGGACGAAAUACACACAUCCGCAGGUUCAAUUAGAUGGACAGGUGCGCAGCGCCCCGAUCACGAAAUGGACGGCUCCGUCUGUGUCUGGAUUACCAGAAAAGUCCGUCUCUGUUAUUCAAGGUUUCCUGGAUCGGUAUAUACCUGAACUCAAGGAGGCAGGAAUAAAGAUCUCUCAGACGCGGUUGUGCUGGUAUACGGACUCGUAUGAUAAUCACUGGGUGAUUGAUCGGGUGCCCGGGAAGAAGGGAUUGAUGGUGGCUACGGGUGGUAGUGGACAUGGGUUCAAAUUCCUGCCGGUGUUGGGACAGUUGGUAGUGGACCGUGUGGAAGGAGUGCAGUCGGAAUUGUUGGAGUUGGUGAAGUGGAGGAAGUUGGGGGCUGGGGAGAAGGGGUCUAAUGAGCUGAUGAGAGGGUUCAAGGAUGGGAAUGCGUUGCAGAAGGUGAAGUUGGUGAGUGAGCCGGGGAAGGGGAGUCGGCUGUAA